CACACACACAGGAGCAUGGCUCUGGUGUUGGUGCAGUAUGAGUUUGAGUACACAACAAAGGCCGGUCAACCUGUGUCCGUCAAGCCGAAUGAAAGCUACAUCCUGCUCUCCAAGACCAGCGAGCACUGGUGGUACGUCUGCAAGGACCGGCACACCAAGCCCUUUUACAUCCCUGCACAGUAUGUGAAGGAGCUUCCAUCCCGCUCUGGUGCGGAUAACCUAGACUCACCUGAAGGUGUGACUGACAGCACACCAGUGGUCGUAUCAUCAUCAUCAUCAUCGUCAUCAUCAUCAUCAUCAUCCUGUAAAGCAGCAUCAGAGAUUCGUGUAAAAGCUCAGGCUGCUUCAAGGGGAACAUGCCGCUUCUCUACUUUUGGUUUCUGUGAGAACACGCCAGAUGUGAAGCUCAGUGAGAUUCUGAGCGAAGAAAGCAGCUCUGCACCUCCUGUGGAUGAAAUUAGGACACACGGUUCAGCAGCAGGGAGCUCCUCAUUCCCCACAGCUGAUGGCCUACAAGUGUAUGCAACACCUCAUCAUGUGCUAAAGGUUGGGAAUGGACAUCCAGAGCAGAAAAGAAGCCCACUGCAGGGCGAUACAGCAGGAGAGGAACCGACUUUUGUGGAUGAUGAGGAUAUGAUCUUCCCUUUACCCCCUAACUUACCCAUAUAUGAAACCAUACCAGAACUCGACAUGCCAGAAUUCCCCUCAUACUGUGACCUGCCUCAUCCUGACCCUGAUCCUGAUCCUGAUCCGGUUGCUUCAAGUGAUCGCUCAUUAUCAAAGCAGCAGGAAGCAACUUCCUCCAUGAACGUUCCACACACUGAGCAGGUGGAAAAUGAAAGUCUCCAUUCAGCCGUUUACGUCAACGUAGCGCAACUUCGCCAAAGCGUCUCUGAGUCUCCUCCCUCAGCUCCUUCAUCCUACUCUCCUUCCUACCUUGACCCAGAAGGAUGGGAGGUGCACACUGACCAGGAAAGUGGUCAGGAGUUCUUCUACCACCCCACUACGGGGCACACCACCUGGGAUAAUCCGUUUCUAGACUCCCCUACAGACGUUGAGCGUUUCUCUGCAGAGGAGCCUUGCUCCCCGUCACCUCCUAAGUCACCUGCCCUCUCUCUUAUCACCCCCUCCCCGCCUGCGUGGACCUCCGAGUGGGAGCAAUUGGUGGAUGAGAUCAGCGGCCGCUCCUACUUUUACAACCCAAUGUCUGGGGAGACGUCCUGGGAGCCUCCAGAGCAGCUGAGCCCGUACCCACCUCUGAUGGAGCCUAUGAGCGUGCACAGGUUUCAUGAGGACGGGCCGCCUCCUCUACCCGAGGAGGACUACCCCUCGGAGAAUUACCCGGCUGCCGAUCAGUCAGAGACGUACUUGGAGCUCCCCCCCACGGGACCUGUCGCCGUCCCCAAAGAGUACACUCUGAGCCAUGUGAGCAGGACCGUCAUCCCCAGGGCCAACCUGGACCGCAGCACCCCAACAGGCUGGAACCUCAAUGUGGAACCCAACGGGACCUGGGUGUUCACCAGUGAACACUCUCCAGAUCAGUGGAUCAAGUCUGUGGAUGACCGAGGACAGACCUAUUACUACCUGAGAGACGGCUCCAAGUCUCAGUGGAACCUGCCUGAGGCCCCUGUAGCGCCUGGUCAGUCCAGAAUGGAGAAUGGUGUCGAGGCAGAAAAUGUGUCAGUCAUAAAAAACUGGAGACACACCAUGGGACCUGUUCAGCUCAGUGUACCUCAGGAUGAUGGGAGAUUCAUGCCAACUCACAGAAGGAACACGUCGGACUACAGCAGCGACAGCUCCAGCACGGGGAACUCUCCAGAGACGCCGCACAACGUGCAUAACUUGGAGAAAGCUGGAAUUCUCAACAAGACAAAAGUGUGUGAGAAUGGCAAGAAAGUAAGGAAAAACUGGGGCCACACAUGGACGGUUCUCCACGGCGGAGUUCUGACGUUCCACAAAGACCCAAAGUCUGCUGUAACGGGGUCCUCGAACAAGACUAAUCAGAUUGUUACAGAGGUCACGGUGGACCUGCGAGGAGCAACGAUUGGCUGGGCUUCAAAAGACAAAUCCAGCAAAAAGAAUGUUUUAGAGUUAAAAGGCAAGAACGGCGUGGAGUUUCUGCUACAGUACGAUACAGAAAGCAUCAUCAGUGACUGGCACAAAGCCUUAAUGGACACCAUACGGCAACUGGAGUACCUGGAUCAUCACUCAGAGGAGGAAGAUGUGAACUUGUAUGAAAAAAUCAACACCCCAGAGCAAGAUGACAAGUCUGGCAACCUCCCUGAAAAACGACGAUCCUCCAGGCCGAGUGUCACGCACUCAUCCAGUUCUGCUGGAGACACGGAUCAGAAAAGGGUUCGUACCAAACUGAUGAAAUUCCUCUUGAAACGGCCAACACUGCAGUCCGUCAAGGAGAAAGGAUACAUCCGAGAUAGCGUAUUUGGUUGCCACCUGGAUACAUUGUGUGCCCAGGAGAGGACCACAGUCCCAGGUUUUGUGGAGAGAUGCAUCAAAGCAGUAGAAAAGCGAGGUUUAGACAUUGAUGGACUCUAUAGAGUGAGUGGGAACCUCGCUGUCAUCCAGAAACUACGCUUCAAAGCAGAUCACGAGGAACUGGACCUUGAGGACGGUCAGUGGGAGGAUGUUCACGUUAUCACUGGAGCGCUGAAGUUGUUUUUCCGAGAGCUUCCUGAGCCACUUUUCCCGUACAGCCAUUUCGAUAGUUUCAUCACAGCCAUCAGAAUUUCUGAUCACAACACAAAGCUCUCUUGCAUGCGUGAACUGGUCAAAUCACUUCCUCAUCCAAAUCAUGACACCAUGGAACUUCUUUUUGGACAUUUAUGCAGGGUCAUUCAGUACUGGGAGGACAAUCGCAUGACUGUGCAGAAUGUUGCGAUCGUGUUUGGCCCGACGCUGCUUCGGCCAGAAAUGGAGGCAGCCAACAUUGCGAUGCACAUGGUGUUUCAGAACCAGAUAGUGGAGUUUGUUCUCAAUGAAUAUGAGCAUAUCUUUCAUUCCAGCUAAAGCAGACACACGCCUCCAUUGCAGACCUGGACCUGAAUGUGUUCCAUUUAUUUGAAGUGCUAGAUUUACCCUUUGCCUGCACAUAAACAGCUUCAAGUAACAAUAAGUUAAAAUAAAACUGGUCUUUUAAAUGAAGUUAAAGGGCUCUGACAGCCUUCUCGCUCAGACUAUUUGAAGUUCACAUAAAAGGAGAUAAAGGGAACUUCCAAUAGUCAUUGGAGAGGAUGUUUGAAGCAUUUUACCACUUUUUUUAAUUCCAUGUUGCUCCAUAGGAGGCUCACACUGUUAGGACUGCCUUUGGCUGUAUUGUAGGAUUGGGCAUUGGCCUGCACUGGUGUAACAGUUUGGUUUCCCAUCUCAGAGUGAUUGAGCCUGUUCCGUGGAUAGAAGGAAGACUUGCUCUCGCUCCCUGAGAUUGUAGCUGUUUUUAUCUCACAAGUCACUUUCUUGAGAUAUUAACUGUUUAUUUUAAUUUUUUUUGUCUAAACUGCAGUUGUAAUACAAUCCAUGUCACAUCAAGACGGACGUAUCAGCUCUGUUCUUCAACAAAUAAAUAAUCUAUACUGUAGAAAGUGUUAAAAUUAGUUUUGGAUUUGAAAGUAUAUCACAUGUUGCAAUAACUGAAAUUUUAUUCUAAUGCUGCAUUAUUCCAGUUUCGUUUUUUUCCCAUGAAUUGUUGUAUUGUAAUAUAGCAAUGUGUAAAGAGAGACAUAUUAAUACCAAUAUCCUUCUGUGAAUUCUAUUGAAAUAGAAAACUUGUGCAAAAUAUUGGUUAUUCUUCACUGAAUUGCAAAACAUGUUUUUUUUCAGUCAUGCUAUACUUGAAGGAACUGGAUUAUAACAUAGCAAUAUAAAUACAUACUACAUAUAUUUGACAGUCAGCAAUAAAGUCAAGCUCAGCAAGAAAAAUAAAAGUGAAGAUUAGAAAAAAAUUUACAUUGUAAAUAGAUAUAGACGGCAUAUUUAUGCUGGAGAGGUGUUGGAAAUGCACAACUUAUUCAAUAAUAAAGUAACUUUGUAAAGAAAAAA